AUGCGCUUAAUUAUCCGGGAAGAUCCCACCACGGUCGGCGACUACAUCGCCAACUAUAUCUGCAAGAGGAUCAAUGAAUUCGAGCCCACUCCUCAGAGGCCGUUUGUCUUGGGGCUGCCGACAGGCUCCUCGCCCAUACCGACCUACAAAUCCCUUAUCGCCCUGGUCAAAGAGAAGAAGCUCUCCUUCAAGAACGUUGUCACUUUCAACAUGGACGAAUACGUCGGGCUACCCCGCGACCAUCCCGAGUCCUACCAUACCUUCAUGUUCCGCGAGUUCUUCUCCCAUAUCGAUAUCCCCCCGUCCCAAGUGAACAUUCUGGAUGGCAACGCUGAAGACUUGAUUUCUGAGUGCAAGACCUAUGAAAACCGUAUUAAAGAGUACGGCGGUAUCGAACUCUUCCUAGGCGGUAUCGGCGAAGAUGGACAUAUUGCAUUUAACGAGCCCGGCUCCUCGCUCGCCUCGAGAACCCGUAUCAAAACCCUCGCCUAUGACACCAUCCUCGCUAAUGCCCGCUUCUUCAACAACGAUAUUUCCGCUGUUCCGCGCAUGGCGCUGACAGUCGGCGUCGCCACCGUCCUUGACUCGAGAGAGGUCGUCGUUGUGGUUACUGGUCAGCGAAAGGCGCUGGCGCUUAGCAAAGCGAUCGAGGACGGAGUGAACCAUCUGUGGACCCUCUCCGCUUUGCAACUCCACCCCUGGGCACUUAUUGUCGUCGAUGAGGAUGCAACCGCCGAGCUGCAUGUGAAGACAGUGAAAUACUUCAAAUCAAUUGAGCGUGUACAGGAUGAGGUGGAGCGUACUCAAGCCCUUCUGAAGGCAAGGGGGAAGAUAGCAGAAAAACAGGUUGGCAGUUUAGAAUAA